CGCAGUUGCCCCACACGCUUUUCUACACCUGCGUUCCCCAGGACGCCGUGUGGAUUCUUGUUAAGGUGCAGGAAAAGAGGGUUGUCUGCUAUGGAAAACAAAUAAAGAAGAAAUAGCUGCAGGAUGAAAACAUGGCCGCACCCAUUCUUGCACCCCCAGGACCUGACAGCUUCAAGAAGUUUACCCCGGAGUCGCUCACUAACAUCGAGAAGCGCAUCAAUGACGAAAAGAACAAGAAACCAGCCAAGCCCAGGUCGGACAGCAGUCACCGCGACACGUCAGACGAGAAUGUGCCCAAGCACAACAGGGACCUGGAGGCUGGGAAGAGCCUGCCCCUCAUCUAUGGCGAUAUUCCAAAGGGCAUGGUGGCCACACCGCUAGAGGAUCUGGACCCCUUCUAUGUCAACCAGAAAACAUUCAUAGUGCUAAACAAGGGGAAAACAAUCUUCCGCUUCAGUGCCACGCCCUCCCUGUACAUCAUCAGCCCUUUUAAUAUUUUUCGGCGAAUAGCAAUUAAGAUUUUGAUACAUUCGUUAUUCAGCAUGAUCAUCAUGUGCACCAUUUUGACCAACUGUAUAUUCAUGACAUUUAGCGAACCCCCAGAGUGGUCCAAACAAGUGGAAUACACCUUCACUGGUAUUUAUACAUUUGAGUCACUCACAAAAAUUGUGGCCAGAGGCUUCGCGAUCGAUGGAUUCACUUUUCUCCGAGAUCCAUGGAACUGGCUGGAUUUCAUGGUCAUCUCAAUGGCAUAUAUAACAGAGUUUGUGGACCUUGGGAAUGUGUCGGCCCUCAGAACGUUCAGGGUUCUCCGAGCAUUGAAAACUAUUUCUGUCAUUCCAGGCCUCAAGACCAUUGUGGGUGCCCUGAUCCAAUCUGUGAAGAAGCUCUCAGAUGUGAUGAUCCUGACCGUGUUCUGCCUCAGCGUCUUUGCUCUGAUCGGACUGCAGCUCUUCAUGGGGAACCUGAGGCAAAAAUGUGUAUUUUGGCCUAUCGAUACGAGCAAUAUGUACCUGUCCAAUGGCUCCAAGGGCUUUGACUGGGACGAAUACCUCAUGAAUGACACUAACUUCUACUUUUACCCUGGUCAGGCUGAUGCGCUAUUAUGUGGAAAUAGUUCAGACUCAGGACGAUGUCCUGAGGGGUUCACAUGUCUGAAAGCCGGAAGGAAUCCCAAUUAUGGCUACACCAGCUUUGACAGCUUUGGAUGGGCCUUCCUCACCCUCUUUCGUCUAAUGACCCAAGACUUCUGGGAAAAUCUCUACAUGCUGACUCUGCGAGCGGCUGGGAAGACCUACAUGAUCUUCUUUGUGCUGGUCAUCUUUGUGGGCUCCUUCUAUCUUGUCAAUCUCAUCUUGGCUGUGGUAGCCAUGGCCUACGAGGAGCAGAACCAGGCCACCAUUGAAGAGGCUGAGCAGAAGGAGGCUGAAUUCAAAGCCAUGCUGGAGCAGCUCAAAAGGCAGCAGGAAGAAACACAGGCUGCGGCCAUGGUGACAUCUGCAGGCACUGUAUCGGAGGUCGCACUGGAGGAUGAGGGAGGAGGUCAUCUGUCCCGCAGCUCCUCGGAGGUCUCUAAGCUGAGCUCCAAGAGCGCCAAGGAGCGUCGCAAUCGCAAGAAGAAAUGGCGCCAGAAAGAGCAGGAGAAAGAGAAAGGUGACAGCGAGAAGGUUGUCAAGUCUGAGUCUGAUGACGGCAGCAAGAGAAGCACCCUUCGCUUCCCGGGAAGCCGUCUGGGCAGGAAGACAUCAAUCAUGAACCAAUCUCUACUGAGCAUCCCGGGCUCGCCCUUCAUGUCACGCCACAACAGCCGCAGCAGCAUCUUCAGCUUCAAAGGCCGCUCCAAGGACAUGGGCUCAGAAAACGAGUUUGCCGAUGAUGAGCACAGUACAGUGGAGGAGAGUGAAGACCGCCGGGGUUCCCUGUUCAUCCCUUUCCGCCGGAACAGUUACAGCGGCUACAGCCAAGGCUCGUCACGCAUCCACCCACUGGCGCCUCAUUCGGGAGGGAAGAGGAACAGCACAGUGGACUGCAAUGGCGUGGUGUCUCUCAUCGGCCCGGGGCCUGGCAGACGGCUUCUGCCUGAGGUGAAAAUAGAUAAGGCAGCCACUGAUGACAGUACCACAGACGUGGAGAUUAAGAAGAAGCACUCUGGCUCUCUCAUGGUAUCUGUGGAUCAGCUCAACUCCUCCUUCAAAGGAAAAGACCGUGCCAACAGUCAGAUGAGCGUAGUCACCAACACUCUGUUAGAGGAAUUGGAGGAAUCUCAGAGGAAGUGCCCUCCCUGUUGGUACAAAUUCGCGAACACAUUCCUCAUCUGGGAGUGCCAUCCCAAAUGGCUGAAGAUAAAGCAUAUAGUCUACUUGAUUGUCAUGGACCCGUUUGUUGACUUGGCCAUCACCAUCUGCAUUGUCCUCAACACCCUUUUCAUGGCCAUGGAGCACUAUCCAAUGACGGAACAGUUUGAGGGAGUCCUCUCUGUAGGCAAUCUGGUUUUCACAGGCAUCUUCGCUGGGGAGAUGUUUGCCAAACUGGUGGCCAUGGAUCCCUACUACUACUUUCAGGAAGGAUGGAAUUGUUUUGAUGGAUUCAUAGUGACACUGAGUUUAGUGGAGCUGGGACUCCAGGAUGUGGAGGGUCUAUCAGUGCUCAGGUCCUUCCGAUUGUUGAGAGUGUUCAAACUGGCCAAAUCAUGGCCCACACUCAACAUGUUGAUCAAGAUCAUUGGUAAUUCGGUGGGGGCUCUGGGUAAUCUGACCCUGGUACUGGCCAUCAUUGUCUUCAUCUUCGCUGUGGUGGGCAUGCAGCUGUUUGGCAAAAGCUACAAGGACUGUGUGUGCAAGAUCGCAGAUAACUGUAAGCUGCCACGCUGGCACAUGCAUGACUUCUUCCACUCCUUCCUGAUUGUAUUCAGAGUGUUGUGUGGGGAGUGGAUUGAGACCAUGUGGGAUUGUAUGGAGGUGGCAGGACAGACAAUGUGCCUCACAGUCUUCAUGAUGGUAAUGGUCAUCGGGAACUUGGUGGUGUUGAACUUGUUCCUGGCUUUGCUGCUGAGCUCGUUCAGUGCAGACAACCUCGCAGCUACAGAUGACGAUGGCGAGCCCAACAAUCUCCAGCUCGCUGUUACUCGCAUUAAGAAAGGCAUUGCCUGGUUCAAGUCCCACAUGCGUGUCUUUGUUGCCACUGUGCUCAAGAAGCCUGUUGAGGAUGAACAAAAACCUCUGGAUGAAAUGUACGAGAAAAAGCUCAACUGCAUUGCGAACCACUCGGUGGACAUCAACCGUGAACUGGACUAUGCUAAAAAUGGCAACGGUACCACCAGCGGCAUUGGGAGCAGCGUUGGAAAGUACAUGAUUGAUGAAGACUACAUGUCUUUCAUCCACAAUCCCAACCUGACUGUGUGUGUUCCGAUCGCUGUUGGAGAGUCGGACUUUGAAAACCUUAACACAGAGGACUUCAGCAGUGAGUCAGAUGUGGAGAACAGCAAGGAUCUGGAUGACACCAGUUCGUCUGAGGGCAGCACAAUAGACAUAAAGCCUGACGUGGAGGAGGUGGCAGUCGUGGAGGUUGUCGAGGAGUACCUUGACCCAGAUGCCUGCUGGACAGAUGAAUGUGUGGCAAAAUACAAGUGCUGUGAUGUUCCCAUCACUCACGGCUGGGGGAAGCACUGGUGGUUCCUGAGGAAGACCUGCUAUCUGAUAGUGGAGCACAACUGGUUUGAAACACUCAUCAUCUUCAUGAUCUUACUUAGCAGUGGAGCCCUGGCCUUUGAGGACGUCUACAUUGAGCAGAGGAAGACCAUCCGCAUUAUUCUAGAGUAUGCCGAUCGGGUUUUCACCUACAUUUUCAUUCUGGAGAUGUUGCUAAAGUGGGUGGCUUACGGCUUUGUCAAGUACUUCACGAACGCCUGGUGCUGGUUGGACUUCUUCAUUGUGGAUGUGUCUAUAGUCAGCCUUAUAGCUAAUGCCUUGGGCUACUCCGAUCUUGGCCCAAUUAAGUCACUCAGGACACUGAGGGCCUUGCGACCCCUCAGGGCCCUGUCACGUUUUGAAGGGAUGAGGGUUGUGGUGAACGCCUUGGUAGGGGCCAUUCCUUCCAUUAUGAACGUGCUACUGGUGUGUCUCAUCUUCUGGCUCAUCUUCAGCAUCAUGGGUGUGAACCUCUUUGCUGGGAAGUACUACUUCUGCUACAAUGACACAGAAGAGCAAUAUUUCCACCCCAAUGAAGUUAACAACCGAACGGAGUGUUUUGCACUCAUUAAUGAUAACCACACUGAAGUCAGAUGGAAAAAUGUCAAGAUCAACUUUGACAAUGUGGGGGCAGGCUACCUGGCACUUCUACAAGUGGCAACAUUCAAAGGCUGGAUGGACAUUAUGUAUGCAGCAAUAGAUUCUAGAAAGGUGGGGGAUCAGCCGCUGUAUGAAGACAACUUGUACAUGUACAUCUACUUUGUCAUCUUUAUUAUAUUUGGCUCAUUCUUCACCCUAAACCUCUUCAUUGGUGUCAUCAUUGAUAACUUCAAUCAGCAAAAGAAAAAGUUUGGAGGUCAGGAUAUAUUUAUGACGGAAGAACAGAAGAAAUACUACAAUGCUAUGAAGAAACUUGGUUCAAAAAAACCACAAAAGCCUAUACCCAGACCACAGAACAAAAUCCAGGGCAUGGUGUUUGAUUUUGUGACCCAGCAAGUGUUCGACAUCUCUAUCAUGAUCCUCAUCUGCCUCAACAUGGUCACCAUGAUGGUGGAAACAGACACUCAGUCAAAAGAAACAGAUAAUGUGCUCUACUGGGUCAACUUCAUCUUCAUUGUUGUCUUCACCGGCGAGUUUUUACUGAAGCUGUUUGCGCUGCGUCACUACUACUUCACCAACGGCUGGAACAUCUUUGAUGUGGUGGUUGUCAUCCUCUCCAUUGUGGGAAUGUUCCUCGCCGACUUGAUCGAGAAGUACUUUGUGUCACCAACACUGUUCAGGGUGAUUCGACUGGCCCGUAUCGGUCGAAUCCUGCGCCUCAUCAAGGGCGCCAAAGGCAUCAGAACUCUACUCUUCGCCCUGAUGAUGUCACUCCCAGCCUUGUUCAAUAUUGGCCUGCUGCUUUUCCUGGUCAUGUUCAUUUUCUCCAUCUUCGGCAUGUCCAACUUUGGCUACGUAAAACACGGGGCCGGAAUCGACGACAUGUACAACUUUGAGACCUUCGGCAACAGCAUGAUCAUCUUGUUCAUGAUCACUACGUCAGCUGGCUGGGACGGCCUGCUGCUACCCAUUCUUAACUACCCUCCAGACUGUGACCCAUCGCUGGAGAAUUCUGGAACUCCUUCAACAGGAAACUGCGGCAACCCAUCUGUCGGCAUCUUCUUCUUUGUUAUGUAUAUCAUCAUUUCUUUCCUAAUUGUGGUCAACAUGUACAUCGCCAUCAUUCUGGAGAACUUCAGUGUGGCCACGGAGGAGAGCACUGACCCGCUCAGCGAGGAUGACUUUGAGACCUUCUAUGAGAUUUGGGAGAAGUUUGACCCCACUGCUUCCCAGUUCAUCACAUAUGCCAAGGUUUCCGACUUUGCGGAUGCACUUGAACACCCGCUGCGUGUCCCUAAGCCCAACACCAUUGAACUCAUUGCCAUGGACAUGCCUAUGGUGAGCGGGGACCGCAUACACUGCCUGGACAUCCUGUUUGCUUUCACCAAGCGCGUGCUGGGUGACAGCGGUGAGUUGGACAUGUUGAGGCAACAAAUGGAGGAGCGAUUUGUGGCGGCCAAUCCUUCCAAGGUCUCUUACGAGCCCAUCACCACCACUCUGAGGCGCAAGCAGGAGGACGUAUCAGCCAGAAUCAUCCAAAGGGCCUACCGCGCCUACUUGACGAGGCGGGGUUUCGUUUGCAAGCGCGUUCCAACCAACAACAGAGUGGAGAAUGGCGGGAAUAAUCAGGAACAAGAGAAGGAGGCCACGCCCUCAACUGCCUCCCUGCCCUCUUACGAUAGCGUCACCAAACCUGACAAGGAGAAGGAGGACGAUAACGAGGGCAAGGGAGGGAGGAACGAGAGAGGAAGAAACCAAAAAGACGUCAGGGAAUCCAAAUGUUAAGGCGAUGGGAUAGUCAUAUUCACGCUAUUAACACCACAAAUUAUAACACGAGGAAACUCACACUCGCACGGAUGUACAGAUUAUUUCAUUUGCAAGUCAGAAAAGAUUGAGUGUUUUUAUUUUCGGCCUUCAGAGAGAAGUGCUCACACUGUCAACGGCUUGAAGACUCUUGAACUCCUCUCAUAAUCAGCUGUGACAUCGUUGUAUCUAGAUGAUUUACGUCCACACAGGAGACAAGGAGCCCCAAACGAAGGACUUCACAGAUUCCAAUGGAAGGCGGUGUUGUGGAAAAGAUAAGGAAGUCUUACAGGUGCCUGAGUUGCACUGUGCAAGUACGGAAAUGUCUCUUAGAGCAAAAUGACUAUCUAAGGAUGAGUGACAGACACAAAUAAUAGAGCGCAUUGGGAGUAUUUUUGUUUUAUUAAAGCAAGAAAUUGUUGAUGUGAGCAGCAAAAAUGCAAACCAAUAUAAAAGGAACACUAUUUAGCAUUUUGCCUAUGCCACUUAACUCCCAUUAUUUAUACCCACGUCCAAAUGUUUUUUUCUUUUAAAACAUAUGGGCUUUCACACCAAUUUGUUCAGGGUCUGUUUAUUACGGGGGUGAUGUCAAGCCAAGGGCUUACGUACAUUUACUCAGAAAGUGUUCCAAAAACAAAUACAUAGGUAAUUGUGCUUGUUUGAUGCAUAGAAAUGAUUUGCAUGACGGCAUGUUUUUGACCAGAACUCUUGCAUGAACUUUUCAUAGUCCACAAAACACUAACACUGCGGUGGUGCGUUACGAGGGUCAAUCAUCUGAAACGGAAAUCUUGUCUCAUCACUCAAGACAUUACAAUUGUUGCCUCUAUACAUAGAAGAAUGGAACAUGUUGGUAUAUUAAAACACAUGCACGCACGCACACACACACGCACGCACACACAUACACACACACACGCGCGCGCGCACACACACUCACGUGCACACACACUAGUGGAUUGCAGUUGUAAUGUGAAUAAUUAUUUGCUGCUCUCGAAGAUGAAAGAAAAAUGAAGGACGUGAUGUCAUAAAAUCAGAAGCUUAUAUUUAACUUUUCUAUGCACCUACAGUAUGUAAUGCUCCAUUUGCUUUUAUUGUUUUAAGUGGUCAGUGGGGAUUUUACAAGUAUGGCCUUUUUAUUGGUGAUGCAUUUCCUUUCUGAAAGGGCUGAGAGGAGAUCUUAAGCUUAUUUACGUGUGUGUGUGUGUUUUCCUCCUUAUUUUCUCGUUUUAUAAGCCUCAUUUGAGAUGUCGAAGGAAACAUGUUUGUCCGAUUUAAGCCGAGUAAUGAGAAACGCAAGCGUUGGAGUGUGUGGAGAAGCCAAAGAGAUCUGUCUUGUUCUUCCUCACAGUGAAGGGGGUUUGUGUUUAUGACUAAAUGUCCAUGUAUUUUUGAUUACAGUAUUUUAUUUUGCUCUCAACAGAGACCCGAGAAUUGUAUGCAAUGCUUGGAAAAAAAAAAAAAAAAAAAAAAAAAGUCCUCCCCUUUUUCUCAGGAGAUAUUACACUCGUUGAGCUCUGCUACACAAUGCAAGUGAAUGUGACGGGCGCAUUUAUUAACUCACAUUUUACGCCUUUGUGUUUAAUACCAUGAUGAUGGUGAUGAUGAUGGGAAACGAUCUCAGCUGGCCGCCUGGUUUCAGUAGGAGUCAUGGUCCAUUCUGCUGGAGAACUUCCUGCUUAUGACGUUUAGACCUAUAGGGCUAGAAGCAUCUCAGUGAAACAGACACAUUUUUCGUUCUCGCUUACAAAGGUGCUGGUUAAAUUGGUAGUGGAUUGCAGUUAGAAGAAGUCAUUACGGUUUUAAUUCUGAGCUCCAUUCAUGUCUGAAAACAAACAAACAAAACAAACAAAAAAAUGAUUCGCCACAGUAGUACAUACACACACAGGAAACAACGUGAGGUGAUGUGACAGACUUUUACGAUUUAACACACGCUGACGCUCUGACCCGCUCCGCAACGCACUCAAUACCAAAUAACUACCAGAGCAUUAGAUGCAUCUCACGGCGCUGUGAGCACCCACGCCGCAGCAGAUCUUUAGCACUGUGUAGUGAUGUCACUUCCUGUUUAGGGAUGGUUAACCCUUCCAUGUGUUCCCAAGUCCUGUAAAUGGUCCACUUCCUGCAUGAGCGCUCCAAAAUCAUUGUGGGUGUUGACCAAAUAAAACCAUGAAUGAUAAGCAUAAAAAUUCUCUCUUCGCUCAUCAUGUAUUUAAAAAAAAAAUCCAUUCAGAAAAGUGGAUUCAUUUGAAAGAAGAAGAAAAAAAAACCAAGUAUGAUCUUUUUGUCUGAAGCUAAAAAUUAACUCGUAAGAACCUAAUGUCAUAUUUAAUUUUAAUGGCAUGUGCAGUUUUUUUGUAAAUACUGGACUACGUCAAAAACUACAGCUAUUAAUAUUACACUCAAAUAUAAAUAAGCAUAAAUUGAAUGGCUUCCAGCUUCUGCCCCGUCACACUUGUUAGACCGUAACGUCUGUCAGAGUAGAACUUUUUUAUUCACUUUUCACACAAAAAAAGAGAUUAAGGGAAAAUAAUCUAUAUUACAAAUCAAUACCUUGAUAUACAGAGCUAUAUUGCAUAUAUUAUAUAUAUAUAUUCUACUACAUAGAUAUAUAUAUAUAUAUAUAUAUAUAUAUAUAUAUAUAUAUAUAGUAUAUAUACUGUAUAUAUUAGAACAAUGUGACGCAACUCGCCUGUCCACUCUUUGCAAGAGGGUGAAAACACAAUUCAACACGCAGCUGUGUUUGUGUGUAUAUUCCGUCAAUAACCAAAACUGGCCCACCCAGCACCCAAAGGUGCCAGUGCAAAAUGCAUGGUGUUAAACUGGCUGCUUGCUGAGAAUCGGGGAACCUGCCUUGGUGGGAGGAUUGCACUAACCAAUAUACCCUUUUGUACAUUAGCAGCAAUGUUUUGCCCCUUAUCUUCUUUGUGUACACACACAUCCAUAAUGCUGGUAUGAAGUACAGUAUGCCCCUCACUGGUGUGUGAAGUGUUUGCGGAUUACAGCUCUAACCCUCCGUCAUGUUUGUCAUACACUGACGCCAUCCCCACUGCGAUAUGUGUAAAAACCCAAGGGUUAGUCGUCUUAGUUGCCUGUGUGUUUGUUUCUGGUGCAAUAUCUCUAAACGGCACGUGCCUUUUUAGCUUCCUAUUUAGUCUAUCAGUAAAGUUGGCAAUGCGGAGCUCCAAAACCCACAGAAGAAAAAAGAGCACGAUAGUAGCAAUCUAUUGCUUCCAAAUGAACUGGUAUAUUGCUAACUCACCACGUAGGUUAGAUUGUCUGGACUAACAUAUUGUAGAAUCAUGUAAAAGAAGUUAUCUCUCCUCUUUCUCUCUCUCUCGCUCUGACUCUCUCCCUCUCUCUUUAGCUUUCUCCCUAUGUUCUGUUUACAAGCUUUUGGGCUGGUAAAAGCUUGCCUUCUCUUUUGCAGGUUUCUCUCAUUUUCAAAUGUUGGAUUAGCUUUCACAAUAUGGGGCCAUUGUUUUGAUUUAGCAUGACUGGGAUAUCGUUUUUUGUUUGUUUUGUUUUGUUUUGUUUUGUUUUGUUGCUGAAAAUAGGCUGACUGGGCGGGGAAAAAAACAACAACUUUUGAAUGUCAUUAUCUCUUGCCACUAAUGCAGCCAGAGAGCGGAACAUGUUGCACAACCACACGAGACAUUUCAGUGAGAAUCAGUGAAAGAAUGUCUUGAUUUGAGCACGAAUCUAUUUCCAAACAAUAAAGCAGCCUUC